AUGCAAUUAAAGUGUGCAGAAUACUUAAAAGAAGCUGUAACUACAAAUAACGAAUAAGCGAGAUAUACCUAUAUGUCUAAAGCAUGCAAAUAAAUUGCAUAAUUAUUACCAUUUUAGUCCAUGUGGCAUCUACUUUUAAAGUAAGAUUAGUUGUUUUUUUAUAUGUUGAUGUUAUAAUCAAUGUUUGGAUAGAAUAUCAAGAUGCUAUUAGAGUUAAUUAUAGAAAGAUUUGCACCCAUCACUUAGUUCUAAAUUUAAUUUCUAAAUGCCUGCUCACAAAUAUUCUAACAGGACACCAAUUAUCUAUCAGAUGUAAUGAAGAGCCAUAUUUCAGGAAUUUACUAAGAGUGCAUAAUCUAACUUUAGUUCUUUAUAAAGCAAAUUCCAAAGAAUGAUUCGACUGAAGGUUAGUCAGUUGCAGAAUAAAUUACAUAAGCUUAUAAAGCAAUUUUGUCGAAUAUUCAUGAUUAAAAAGUUACUUUGGAACUCUACAAUAGUUUGUAAGGAAUUGUGAAUAAAUGGCCUUUAAUACAUGAAUUGAAUCCAUUGAUUUUUCAUGAAAUUGAGGAAAUAAUAGCGACAAGAACACCUAGGACAGUUGAAAUUCAAGUUAUUGAAGAGUAUCUCGAAUGCGAAUCUCCAACAAGAUCUAACUCUAUCCGAAAGGAAAAUUAGGUUGUAGUUGAAUUAUAGAGAUGGUUGAGUAAAGUAAACUACCCUAUACCUGUAAUUUCAAAAAAAAUCGCAAGCAGUGUAAUUAAUUCUUAAAAUAUGUUCAAACUGAAAGACAAUAUAGAAAUUAUGUUGUCUUUUAUUUAUUGCCCUUUAAAGUAUGAUCCUGCUAAUUGCUGGUCUAGAAUAGAAUUGAAUAGAACCAUCAACUUGAAAGAUAUUCCUAACCUUAAAGAUUGUUUAUCUCUAAACUCACCAGCUCAACUUUAUCACAUUCGUUCUAUAAGAUCGUUGCAAAGUUUAACAGAUGAUGAAAAUCAUUCAAUCAUAGCUAAAGUCAAUCCUGCAUAUCUAAAAAUAGCAUUUUCCUAUCUAUCUUAAUGCUUUAAUGAAGACUAACUAAAGUACUGUAACUUUAACCAUUUAACUCAAUUACUUACUUUCUAUUUAGAAAAAGAAUAGGAUAUUUCAGUGUACUUUACUCUAUAUUACAAUAUUCCCUAUGCAUUCUUGUAUUACAUUAAUUAUGAUCAGUCCUCUUCAUUUUUAAUCCAUUUAUUCACUUAGAUUAAUUUAUUGAUCCAUAUCCCAUCUGAACAUUAAUAAUCACUGUACAAUUAGGUGUGGGAGUAUUUUAAGGCUGCAGACUUAUUUACUGAAUUGAUUAAUAUAUUGGUGAAUCCAAGUUCUAAGAGUGAAUUAUUAUUAAAAUGUUCAUAAAACUUUAGGAACAAUAAGAUGUUGGAUGUUUUCACUAUUAAUCCAGAUUUUUAACUGAAAGAGAAAGUAUAUUAAUAGAAUGACAACAACAAUUUUAAUUAUAUCAUUGAGGAAAAAGCUCAUCUAAGAUGGGAUAUUGAUUAACUUAAGCAUUUUGUACACAAAAAAACAAUUAAAUAACUAUCUUUUUUUAACAAAUCAUCUAAUAAUAUCAUACCUUUAACAAUUGAAAAACCGGCUUCAAUGAUGGAUGUAAUAAGGUAGGCUAUUUAAAAUGCUGAAAUCAUUACUGAACCACACAAAAAGAGGUAAUCUCGGGAAGGAAGAGAAAGAUUAAUUGUUCUUAGAAGUGCAUCAGUUAUGUUCGAUUUAGAUGAAUAGGAUUAGGUGAAGGAUCCUUUUGUUCCUUAUGAUUAUAAUCCAAAUCCUCUAGAAUUAAGAGUAGAAACUAAGGAGAGCAACAAUAAGUAUGAUUAGAAAUCAUAAUCCUUUAUGAAAGAAAGUUCAAAGACUAUCUUCAAGAAACAUUCAAGAAAUAUGUCUUUUUAAUUGUAUCCUCUAUCCUUAAAGGAUGUGAUUUAAGGUAAAUGGGAUUAAGAAUAAUAAUCAGUUUAAUUUUAAAUUGAAAAUUUAAUAAAAGAAGAACCUUUUUGUUAUAAUUUAACCUAGUUUUUGUCAAUUUUAGUUUAACAUUUAAUUAUGGCUAAUCACAAAUUACUUUAAUCAAAAAACCAUACCAUUGAUAAAAGAGAUAUAUAUUUAGGAAUGAUUUUAUUAGAUUAGACUUCAUCUAUAUUUGACAAUUUGAUUAAAAUUUAUUUCUUUAAAAUCAAACUUAGUCCUUAUGUUAAAGAAAAUAGUGCCAUUUUAUGUGGAAAAUUGGUUAAUUUUCUUAUCAAGCAGAAACCAGAGUUUAUUAAUUUUCAAGAUAAUGGUUAAAUUUAUAUUGAUUAUUUGUGUAAAAUACUCAUAAACUCUUUAUCUUGGAAAAAUACUAAUGCUACCAAAAUAGACUUAGAUGUUAGUAAAAUUUUACUCUGUGAAACUCUAUGUUUAUUGAUAGAAACUGGAAUAGAAAGAGGGUAAUCCAAUUUAUUAAACAGAAUAACUGCGACAACAUGGAGUUGUCUAAUAGAAAUAUGUAGGUAAUGUCUAUCAACAAGACCAAAUUAAAUAUUUUAGGGUCUUUUUCUUAGAAUAUUAAAAUUAAAUAUGGAAUUCGGAUCAGACUUUAAUAUUCACACGAUCUUUAUGAAAUUAAAUUUAUUAAGUAUUCUUAAACAGCUCUCAGAACUAACUCAGUAGAAUGGAGUUCCUAAUAAACGAUUUAGCUAUCUGAAUGAAUUCAUAAAGUCUGCUUGCUCUCUCUUAUAGUAUUAUAUCAAUAAAAACCCAUCCAAAGAAUGCUUUAAGUUAAUCUAAAACCUCGAUUCAUGGAAACUGUUAAAGCAUUAAUAUAGGAUACAUUCUCAUCAACAUGCUAGCAGUUUCUAUAGUGUAGAUUCAAGAAUUUUAAAUAACUCGACUCCAGCAACCAGUUAAAGCUUAGCCAAAAUCAGAAUUCGAAAAUCUGCAAAUUCAAAAGUUUGA